GCUGCCUGUCCUGGCGGCUCACCCAAGCGGACUCACUGAGCGACGCGGGCGGGCUAUGACCCCAGGGGCGCUGCUGCUGCUGUUGCUGCUGGGGGCGUUGGGGGCGCCGUUCGCCCCGGGCGCCCGCGGCUCGGAGGCGGAGGGCCGACUCCGCGAGAAACUUUUCUCGGGCUAUGAUAGCUCGGUGAGGCCGGCGCGGGAGGUGGGAGACCGUGUCGGGGUCAGCGUUGGUCUCAGCCUAGCGCAAUUAAUCAGCCUGAACGAGAAGGAUGAGGAGAUGAGCACAAAGGUCUACUUAAACCUGGAGUGGACUGACUACAGGCUGAGCUGGGACCCUGAGGAGCACGAGGGCAUCGAUUCACUCCGCAUCACUGCCGAAUCCGUGUGGCUACCAGACGUGGUGCUCCUAAACAACAACGACGGAAAUUUUGAUGUUGCUCUGGACAUCAGCGUCGUGGUGUCCUCCGACGGCUCCGUGCGCUGGCAGCCCCCGGGCAUCUAUCGCAGCAGCUGCAGCAUCCAGGUCACGUACUUCCCCUUUGACUGGCAGAACUGCACCAUGGUGUUCAGUUCCUAUAGCUAUGACAGCUCAGAAGUCAGUCUGCAGACUGGCUUGGGUCCCGAUGGGCAGGAGCGGCAGGAAGUGCACAUUCAUGAAGGCACCUUCAUCGAGAAUGGUCAAUGGGAGAUUAUUCACAAGCCUUCUCGGCUAAUCCAGCCUCCAGUGGAUCCUAGGGGAGGCGGGGAAAGACGGCAUGAAGAAGUCACCUUCUACCUCAUCAUUCGCCGGAAGCCUCUCUUUUACCUGGUCAACGUCAUUGCCCCAUGCAUCCUCAUCACUCUUCUGGCCAUCUUCGUCUUCUACCUGCCACCAGAUGCAGGAGAGAAGAUGGGGCUCUCGAUCUUUGCCCUGCUGACCCUUACUGUGUUCCUGCUGCUGCUGGCAGACAAAGUGCCUGAGACCUCCCUGUCUGUCCCCAUCAUUAUCAAAUACCUCAUGUUUACCAUGGUCCUCGUCACCUUCUCAGUCAUCCUUAGCGUCGUAGUCCUCAACCUGCACCAUCGCUCACCCCACACCCACCAAAUGCCCCUUUGGGUCCGUCAGAUCUUUAUCCACAAACUCCCUCUGUAUCUGGGUCUGAAGAGACCCAAACCUGAGAGAGACCAGAUACCGGAGCCACCUCCUAUACCUCUCAGGGAUUCUCCAGGAAGUGGCUGGGGUCGGGGAACAGAUGAAUAUUUCAUCCGCAAGCCACCAAAUGAUUUUCUCUUCCCCAAACCCAACAGGUUCCAGCCUGAACUGUCUGCCCCGGACCUGCGGCGAUUUAUCGAUGGUCCAAACCGGGCUGUGGGCCUGCCUCCCGAGCUACGGGAGGUCGUUUCCUCAAUCAGCUAUAUCGCUCAACAGCUGCAGGAACAGGAGGACCACGACGCGCUGAAGGAGGACUGGCAGUUUGUGGCCAUGGUGGUGGACCGCCUCUUCCUGUGGACCUUCAUUAUCUUCACGAGUGUCGGGACCCUCGUCAUCUUUCUGGACGCCACGUACCACUUGCCCCCUCCCGACCCCUUUCCUUGAGGACGAGAGGGCCGAGACCGAGGUCCUCGGCCAGUUGAAUUGAGAGUUUGGUAGUACUCUCAAGCCCUAUCCCUUUCUGCGUCUUAAUAGGAGUCCAGUCCUCUCAUCAUUUCGUUUCUAGGGAGGAAGCCCAAGUGGGACUGGGCAGAUGGGGGCCUUGGGCCCACCUGAAAGGCACUAUCCGCUUAUUUACUCUUUGGCUUCUUGAAGAAGCUCCAUUGGAUAUUCACAUCUAGGUUGGCAAUGAAUGGAACAAAGAACAAGAACUAGAUUGUAAGCCUUCUGAGGGCAGGAACUAUGUCUGUUCACUGCAGUAUCCCCAGCACCUAGCACAGAGCCUAACCUAUACAGCCGGUACCUCUGGUUGAAUGAAUAGGGAAAUUUUUUUCUGUAAGGAAAUACACUAAGUAAUAGUGCUUAUGUUUGCAUGUUGGGACUAGUGGUCGUUUUUUCUUUGUUUUUACCUUUCUGUAGUUUAUUGUAUUUUGUAAUAUGUAUUAUCUUUAGGAUAAAAAAAGGUUAUUUCUUAAAGGAUGCAUUUGUAAUGAGGAUAAAAAAGCACACUGUAAAAACCUCAAGUUCCAGCUUCGGUGCUCAAACUUUGGACAAGCUACUAAACUGCUCUGUGCCUCAGUUUCCCCAUCUAUAAAAUGAAGCUAAUAAUAGUAUCUGCUCCCUAGUCUGAGGAUCAUAUGAGAAGAUGAGAACAAAAGCAUUAUACAGUGUACAUCAGAGGUUACAAACUGGUGUGUUUUGUUUGGCCCAUGCUGUUGGCCAGCAGAAUUUAAAAUUUGAAUUGGUUUGCUACUUUUAAAAUGUGGAUAUUUCACAGAGAAAUUUGGAUUUCUGGCUUCUCUUGAAACUUUUUAAGAACUACAGUAGCACCAGGUCUGAUUCCCCUGUUGGCAGCAACCUGCUAGAGCUGAUUAGUGGCUGCCCACUCUGGUCAAGGUAUUCGUACCAGAAUUCCUCGAAGGCCCCACCCACCUAACCACUCAUUUUACUUGCCCAUCCCUGCAUAACACUAGACAAAAUACAGGGGAAGGGAGGAGGGACAGGGAGUUGAAGCCGUGGGAGGCCAGGAGUGGAACAAGAAAGGGUGUUGGUGUCUCUUAUGGCCAUCACACAUUUUGUGCCUCAGUUUCCUUUCAGUUUGGAGAAAGGGCUUCAUCUGGGAGAUGAAGAUCUUGUGCCCAGCAGGCUUUGUGAACUGGACUGCGUUAAUGUUUCUGCCUGGAGGUCAGAGCAAAGUCAGCUUGAGCCUGGUGGCUGCAGCAAUUACAGUGAAGUACCUAGGGUCAACAGGCUCUCACACCUACUCAAUUGCUGGAAGUUGUUGUCCUAAGAGGGAGGAUAGGGCUACAACUUGUAGGGAUCCCUGUGGGACAAGGUUAGCAUGUCCCUGUCCAGCCAGACCCACCAGCCACGCCAAUAAUUGCACCUGGCAUCCCACUGCGGAGCACAGUUCGUUUGUCUUGUUGGUUUAUUGGCCUAGAGAGUUGGACACACACACAAAUGCGGAGAUAAAUAUUGGUCAGUUUCUCUAAAUCUGGGUCCUCACUACGUAUAGAGCUAGAGUCUGUAGAAUUCUAAAUCUUGCGUGCUGUGGCACAGAACCAGUGGCCUUCCCACUCUACCGUCACCCUUCUUCCCAGGGAACAUGGGGAAAGAGGGCACAAACUGACAGGACUUGAUAAUUCUCAAAAGACAAAAUUGCAAAAUCCCAAAUUUCCAACGUGUGAAAUUCACAAUAUUCAAGUUCCCCAACUCAGAUACAUGUAUUUUAAUCGCCAUUUCGCCACAAUCUCCUUUGUUGCCCAGAACCACCAAAUUCUGGAAACGGUUUUCCUAAAUCAUAUUUUCAAAAAAAUAAAUGUCUACAGUCUCAGUUCUCCCAAAAUGUCCAUGGUUUUAGAAUUUUGACCUGUUCUGAAAUUCAAAUUCCCUGGUCCAUCCUCAACCCCUUCCAUCUCUGUGCCUUUUUGCCUCAGAGGAGUGCAGGUUAAGGAUAUAGGGGGACUGUUAUCGCAUCUGCCCCCUGCCUCCAAGGCCUUCCUCAGUCUCUCUUGUGGUUCCGCUGUGUAUAUAUAUAUUUUUUUAUAUAUAUAAUUUGUGUGUAGAUAUAUAUGUAUUCUUUAUUAUGUACUUUUUUUCGCAGUUUUUCUAAAGUGCCAGAAACAAGAUUUGUGGGAAUUUUUUUAGUGAUUUUUUUUUUUUUUUUUUUUUUUGCAUUUUUCCCCGUUUUAAACUUUUCUCCCCCUUAAAAAUUGGAACUCGGUAUGGUACAUUCAGUAGGAAACUCUUCACUCGGACUGUGGCCAAGACCAAGAAAAGUGCAAAGAGACAGAGGAGGAGUGAAGGAGCGACACUCCUCCGUGGUUAACAUUCAGGGAGCCUGUCGAAAACCUCCCCUUUCCAUAUGCUGGGAGGGCGAGAAGAGGCAGGAGGAUGCUCCUGUCCCUCCCCACAAACCCCCUCCCUCCUAAAGCCAUGAUCUUGCCCUUUCAGCAUCAGUUGAGAGGGC